GACAUAUAUAGACUCUUCGCAUCUCCGUUCUGGUUUCUCCUUGGUGUUUUCUUGCAAUUUGUAACAAUAUCUUUCCCAUUCCCUUUCGCUUACACUUUCUGUUCAGAUACCCCGGGGUUCCGAGCACUUAGACAUUUUGUUCCAUCGGAUGCCCCUAACAUUACAACAUGGCUAAAAAGACAGAAGUUCUGAUAGUUGGUUCCGGCUCCGCCGGCAUCUUUGCUGGGACGUGGCUGGCCCGCUACGGGAUUCCCUUCACGAUGCUGGAGCGACGCCCCGGCCCCAUGGAGAUCGGACAAGCAGACGGUGUCCAGUGUCGAACCGUCGAGAUAUACGAAUCAUUCGGCCUUUCAGAAGAGCUAUUGCGGGAGUCCUAUCACAUCCUCGAGGUCUGCUUCUGGGGCGAUGAUGGCAAGGGGAGGAUCGUAAGACAGAGCAGGGUAAUAGAUACGGAGAAGGGGCUCAGCCAUAUGCCGCAUGUUAUACUGAAUCAGGCGCGGAUGAAUGGGUUGAUGUUGGGUGCUAUGGAGAAGCUUAGUGGCGGGAGGCAGAAGAUUGAUUAUGGGUAUGAGGUCAAGAGUUUGGAGGUGGAUGAGGGGAAGAUUGGGGAUCCGGACGCGUAUUGCUGUAAAGUUUUCGCGGAGAAGGACGGGAAGGAGGAGGUAUUUCUGGCAAAGUAUGUGUUGGGCUGCGACGGCGCGCACAGCACAGUCCGCAGAUCUUUAGGAUAUACCAUGAUCGGCGACACUACAGAUACUGUCUGGGGCGUCAUGGACAUCUACCCGCUCACUAACUUCCCUGACAUUCGCCGGAAAUGCACAAUGCACUCUUCUUCCGGCAACCUGCUCAUCAUCCCACGCGAAGGCGGCUCGCUUGUCCGCUUCUAUAUCCAGCUACCGCCUGGCUCGCACCCAAAGGACGUCAAGCUCGAAGACUUACAGAAUACUGCAAAGAAGAUCUUUGCACCGUACGAUAUGGAAUUUGCGGGCACAUUCUGGUGGUCUGCAUACAGCAUUGGACAAAGAUUGGCAGAUCAAUUCCACAAGGGGCACAGAGUCUUCCUAACGGGUGAUGCGUGCCAUACGCAUUCGCCAAAAGCCGGACAAGGCAUGAAUGUAUCGCUGCAGGACGGAUACAAUCUGGGCUGGAAACUCUCAUCCAUCCUCCGCGGCAUCGCUUCACCCUCCCUCCUGCGCACAUACGUUCUCGAGCGCUCCAAGACAGCAGCAGAUCUCAUUGCCUUCGACCGCGAUUUCGCCCGCAAGUUCAGCCAGAAAGAAGAAAGGCCUGGCGAGUUCGCGGAGCAUUUCAUCAAGAGUGGGCGGUAUAUGGCGGGCUUUACCGCGAGAUACGAUGACUCGGAGUUGACGGAUGCGAAAGGGAGUAGGCAAGAGCUUGCUAGCGGAUGCACAGUUGGGAUGAGGUUUCCAAGUGCGCAAGUUAUCCGGUUCUGCGACUGCAAAGCGAUGCAGCUACAGCGUGUUCUGCAGAGCAAUGGGCGGUGGAGGAUUGUUAUAUUCGCUGGUGAUAUCGUGAUACCGAGCCGUAAGAGCAGAUUGGAGAAGUUGGCAAACUUCCUCGAACCGCUUGUCCGGAGAUUCACGCCACCGUCGGAAGAUAUCGAUAGCCUGAUCGAGCCAAUAGUCGUGCUGAGGAGUAAGUUCUUGGAGACGCAGCAGGAGCAGAUACCUGGGUACUUCUGGCCUGUGACGGGGAAGUGGAGGAUGAGGGAUCUUCACAAAGUCUACGUCGACGACGAACAUUACAACUCUGGACACGGCCACGCGUAUGAGAAAUACGGCGUAGAUUCUGAAGCGGGUGCAGUUGUUGUCGUGCGGCCCGAUCAAUAUGUUUCCAAAGUCACAACGCUAGAUGACUUCGAUGGGAUCGCGGGCAUUUUCAAGGGAUGCUUGGUUGAGCGAGGAGAGUUGGUCACUGGUCAGAGUGCUAGGCUCUGAAGUGGAGUUGAGAAAUCUGGCGUCCGAAUAGAAACCCAUGUGAGGAACCCUUCAGACCGCUUUGGAUAGCCCCACACGUGAUCGUCUCCUCUUCCUGUUCGUUACUCAAGUAUAUAAGGCCGCCUCUUGCUCUCUCUGCACUACUACUCCACUGCAUUCAGGUCACUGUCCAUUCUAAAACGCAUGGUUAUGGCAUUCCAUGGACUGAGUAUCUGUCGACCAGAAUCAAUACCUCUGGGUGGAUAUGUGGGAUCCUGCUUCCUCUCCAAAAUGCACCUCAC